AAGAGCGGUGGCUACGGUACCCGUGGAGGCACAAACCUUAUCUUCAAACAAAAGCGCGAAACGCUUUCACCUCCCCAGUCAGUCCGUGCGGAUCGCAACUCAGUGCAGCCUCAUCUCGGAGAACGCCAUUGAGAAAGAGUGAGUGAAAGAGAGAGAGAGAGCUAGAGAGAAAUAGAGCAGAGCAGGGAAGAGCAGAGCAGGGGAAGAGAAAGGAAAGAGACAGAGCUACAUACUCUGUGAAAAAAGUGUCCAUAAUUCGUCACCCUUUCUUUCUCAAUUUCCAUCACAAACCCUACCGGCGCUUGGAUGAACCAAAACCUAUCGAUCAGUCAGUGCUACACCUGGAUCUCCUGACCAGCUCCGAGCAGGCAUGUCCCGAAGGAAGCAGAGCAACCCCAGGCAAAUUAAACGUCCCCUAGAGGAUGGCGCCCUGGGGGAAGAAGAGGAGUGUGUGUCAGAGGAGAACGAGCUCAUGGCCAAAGAUGAGUUCUCGACAGAGGAGAACUUCUCAGCAGAGUUUGAGUCAGAAAACAUGAGCUGUGGAGACAUGGAGUACUUCUGCAACAAAGGUGAAGAAGAUGGCAGUGGAGAAGCAGGGGAGUCAGACAUGGAUGGACAGAGUGAGAAGACCAGACACCCAGCUAUAGGACCAGAGGACUGGGAUGGACCAAGAGAGCUGGAUGCGUUCCACAAGGAUGGAGAGCGUCGGAUCCACAGCCGGCAGCAGCUCCCUGUGGGUACCACGUGGGGACCUUUCAACGGGAAGAUUGAGAUGAACAUUGAUGGCAGCGGCAUGAAGAUGAAGAGCUGUGUACCGGUGGUGCUCAGCGCCGGCCCCAGGUGGCUGCUGGAUGUGACUUGGCAAGGAGCAGAAGACAACAAAAAUAACUGUGUGGUGUACAGCAAAGGUAAGCUCCAGCUCCAGACUGCU